AACAGGAAAGGAAUGUUGCUCUCAUCUCGGUGUAAAAUACUUGUCACUUUUGUGAAAUCUAAGAUGGAACGUCCCAAUCAGUAGCAUUGAGUUGAUAGUUUGUGAACUGAACGAAUUGAGCUUUUGGUUUUUGGAAAUCCCAUUUUCCUGUCUGUUAACGACAAUAUCUUAUGCCAAUGAUGAGCAAGUACGACACUGACUAAUAUUCAAAAUGGCAAGGACAAAGCAAACGGCAAGGAAGGGUAAUGAUGAUGCAGAUGAUCAUGAUGCAACAGAAGCCGCAUCAGUACCUUCAUCAGCUCCCCCACCGCCACCUCCACCACCACCACCACCUGGCGUGCCUGGACCGGUGACAGGCAACGAAGCUGCAGCAACAUAUUCCGAUGCUCCUUUGUGGGCGAAUACUACUAACAAAAAAGCUGCAAAGAGUCAUGGUAGGGCAUUCAGGACUGCAAAAAGUGGACGUAUGUUUAGUUCAGACGAUUAUGAUUAUGAAGGUGAAGAGGAACCAUUACCAAAACCGGCAGCCCGCUCUGCUCUGUCCUUCCUCUCAGGUGAUGACAUGAUUGUUGGGAAGUCGAGACUUAAGUCUGUUGAAAAAUCGAGGAUGAAACCAAUCGAAAUACCAUUGACUGCAGAUAGCUUUGAAAACUUCCAAAAAGAAAAAUGCAUCCAACUCUUUGCAGCAAAGAGCUAUGUGUCAACGAUAGUGUUGACUAAAACAUUGACUCGUCUUAGUAUGGCUGGUUUGGAUCGACUCAAUGACGUCUUCUUUAAACUGAUACAUGAUUCCAAAGUGGAAAUGACUGGAAUGAAAACGUUCAAUUGUUCAGGGUGCCCGCUGGUGACGGACACAGCAUUUAGAUGGCUGAUAGAACUUGCUACUAACCUGAAGGAGGUCAAAGUAGCUGGCUGUCCCAAAGUGACCUCUGCAACUCUGUCCCUAUUCUUGAAGUCGCAGCCGUCACUGACAGACCUUGAUAUGUCAGGAACAGGGGUCACAACUAUCCCUACCCAUUGGGGGGAUACUGGUGUUGGCCUAAAGGUUGAUGGCUGCAGCCUUGUUGCUCCAUCAUUUACAAGAUAUCUUACAACAUUUACAAAAGCCAGAAACUCAUAUGUCAACUGCUGUGAUAAGGGGGAUUUUAUUCACCAUGUAAAACAGUUCAAGGUCAUCAUACUGCGCGCGCAUGACCUUGACUUCAGUCUUGCCAAGUUCCUGAAAAAUGGUGAGAAAGACACGACUCCCGAUACUGGACCUCUCUCUGUCCUCAGUGGAGUGCCCUUCAGAGACAUGCACCUGAACAUCUAUGAAAUCCACAGACUACAGGCUAUUCAAGACUUAAUCCUAAGUGACGGUUGCUUGUGCCUGCUACCGUUUGCAUUGGAGCAGUGUACUAGAAGUGUUGAUGGCAUGGUAGCCUACUUAUCAGGAAAGAUAUCAUUCAUAUUAUCAAAGCCCCACAAAUUGGUUCCUGUACUUGUUGGUAUAAACACUACGGGCAUAGCAGUUGAAAAAGCCAAGAGCAUGGUGGAUUCUGUCCUAGCCGGUGUGAGGAAAAAUGUUCAAGAGCGUGCUGCGUCCAUGGGAAAACAACUCCUGGUCAUGUCGAGAAAAGACUGGCGAAUCGAUGACUUGGAUGUUACUGGACAGAUAUAUGUUGGCAAGGCUGCUGCAAUGAAGGAAUACUUAGACAGGAUCAAAAUAUUUGGAGAAGUACUUGAUGGAAGUCAAAAGCUUGACCCAAAAUCAUUUCUUGCCAAUGCAUUUGUCUACUUCAAAGAAGACUUGAGCUGGAUGUGCAUCAAUUCAAAUGAUGCCAAAGAUCUGGCCGAAAAACACAUGAUGAACCAUCGCAUAUCGUCCUUCACUGAUAUAGCAGAAAAGGCACAUGCUGACGCAAGGGCAUUAUCCUUUCAUACGAAUCAAAUGACCUACCCAUGUCUUGAACAAACUGCCAUUGGACUGCACCAAAGAGGUCUUGCUGUGUUCAAAUAUGGUGUCAAGGGAUCUCCCUAUGUAUCUGACCUGGACUGGUUUGCCAGAGUCCUUGCGGUUGUGAUGGGUCCUCCACGCCAGGAUGGUGAGCUUGCCAAACAGAUAUGUUUUGUGACAGAGAAUACACCAGUGUGGACAGACAAGCUGCUGAAAGAAGCAUUAGGAGAAUUGGUCACACCUGAACAGUAUCUAUUGCUUGUUAAACUGCUGAAAAGUUGUGGUUGCCUGAUUGAGGUGAAGAUUGAUCGUCUUGCCAAGGACAUGCCCACACAUGUCUACAUGCUCGCUGACAAGCUGCCUGAAAGUCCAAUGGAAGUUAUUGAUCUGGAAAAGCUCUGGCCUAAGGCCAUGGAUCCACGUACCACAGUCCAAGUUGACAAGUUCUAUCGAUUUACCCCUGGAUGUCCGUGGUCCCUGCUUCCAAAAUUCUUCGGAAGAUGUGCAAAGUUCUUCAGGUUCACACUUAUCAAGAAGUUUGGAAUGUUGAUAAGGAAGGGAGGCGUGGACUUGCUGGUCGAUGCUAUUCCGGGAAUGAAUGGCUACCCAGAGGUGGUCUUCAGUGCCAGAAUGGAAAAUCAGUCUGGCCUUCAGAAUCUGAACUGCCGAAAGUACUGCCUAUGGAGUGUAAUGAAUCUUGCCACCACCAUCAUGGACUACUGCCUUCAGAAGGAGGGAAUAUUUGCAAAUAUCACUAUACCAUGUCCAACCUGUAUCCCAGGAAGAGAGCGUGGCAAGUCGGCAACAGACCCGAAUGUUUAUCGUUACUACCUGCACAUGAUCAGUGCUGGCAAGGAUCGAGGUUUGAAAUGCCACAGUCCAAAGUAUGAUUGCUACGACAAGUAUGAAACAAGGACCGCUGAUAUGUUGAUAGGGCCAGCGAUGGAUUUUGUACCCAAGCACUUGUCAUAUAUGCUGGCUGAGGUGUCUUCCUCGCUUCCCAAGUUCAGCAGGUGUACCCUGUGUCAGAACUGUGCAGUGGAUGGAAAGAAGUGUAGUCAGAACGGACUUCAAGAAGGAUCACUCUGUCACUGUGGUUGCAAGCGCCUUCCCAAGAAGCCUGUCUGCCCAGGCUGUGGAAUCUGCUGGAAGUGCACAGACUAUCUCAAGAAAAUGUAUUAUGCGAUAAAUCCGCAGUCCGUCCGUCACAUCAGGUUCACAGCGUUCGAUGAUGAGGGGGAGGACGGAAAACCGGGAAAAGAAGAAGUGUUGAAACAAACCAACAGCAGCUGGUUCCAGGUGUCAAAAGACAAGAUGUAUGUUGUCAAGAAUGUCAAGUUCACUCCAGAAAAGUUCAACUGGUUCAACAUGACUACAUACAGGGGCAAUGUUGUUAGUAUCGGCAUAAUGGGGGCACCGCCGAAAACUGCCUAUGGCCCGCUACUGACCUACAGCCUGAAACGUGGCAGUAUAGGGAAGGAUUGGAAGUUUGAGAACCCUAUUGCUACAGAUCCUGCCUGGAUCGGGAAGAAUUGCACCUCCGCGUCAUUUCGACUGCGCUAUCCAGAUGAGUAUGACACAAAGCCAAAAGAACUGGGGUAUGAAGCUGUCAUCGUUGACAUCUUCAAAAUGGGUGUGAAGAUAAGGAGCGAAUACCUGCCUGCCUUAAAAAACCUGGAAGUUGCUAUCUAUGGUGAAGGUUCAUGUAGUGUCAUCCUUGGCACUCCAACCAUUAACACCGAGAGUGAUCAUGAUCGGUACCAUUCGGAUGCGUUCAGGAAUACUCUCCAUGUGGAACUUGAGCUGGAUGAGAGUAUCAGUUCCAAGGAAGGUGUUCUAGUCUGUCCGAUACAGUCAGUUCGGGCAACAGGGUUGGUCGUCACGACAGACAAAGUCGAAGCUCUGUUCAUAAAAGACGAUGACCUACGUAUCCAUCCGCUAGGCUAUACCUACAACCAGAGAGGAGAGAAGAAAGUUUACUUGAAAAAGGAGGAUAAACCAGACUUGGACGCAUUUGAGUUUGAGAAUUUGGAAAAUGUAAUGGAGAGUGUCCAACUCAAAGGAAUGAUGAAGAAGGGCAAAGGAAAGGGUGGCCUCGCGAAAAAGGUGAAAACUGAGUCGACGCAAGACUCUUACAUAGAUGUCACAUCAAUUUAUGACUUGAGCAAAUCGAUAGAUAAAAAUCAAAUGAGGGCUGCACCGCUGUGGAUGUUCAGUGAAGCGCAACGAGCAGGCUGGGAACCGUCAAUCAUCGAGGUGUUCGGUUGCAAACACUGGUACCAGUCACCAGAAGCUCUUGUGUCAGCAUUCAUACGAUCAAAAAGAAGCGUGGAGGAAACAAUCAAGAAGGAAUUAGACAGCCAGGAAGGUGAUGGUCUGGCAGUGUUGAUGUUCCCAGAGGACUAUGGAGAGAUGCAGCUUCGAUAUCUGAUGAGACCUCGGCUCCAGGAUCAGAAGUUUCAACUUCUGCCUUUGUGCAGCAGUGGCAGUUCUGAUAUGCUAGAUGCACAUCUGAUGAAUAGCCCUGGUGUUCCAGUCCCCCUUGCCAUUAUGAAACAGACUUAUGUACUAUGGCAUUUAUGCAUCCUCCCAAUGCAGGUCCACAUGGCAACUGAAUACUUGGCUGUGCUUCCCGGGUUUGAUGCCCUUCUUGGCAAACUGAGUUUGGAUGCCGAUCAGGUUCUCUACAGGUUCAGAGAGGCGCUACUACAGGUGGCGUACACCAUGAUGACAUUCCAGGCCGAAAGUCGUUCCCCAUCCACGGCUGAUAUGCAAGAGUUACGAGAACGACUGUUGACUGCUGUCAACGAUCACAAGAAAGCACUGGGCUUCAAGGAGGAACAGGAAAUCAAGUGUCCAGCUCACCAGCUCGAUAACAAUAUCAACCCGAAUGACAUGGAGACUGUGCCGGGCUUAAAAUCUUAUGCGCAGUUCCUGAAGAAGGUCAAGCUAUCCCUGAAUGUCGAAUCACUCCCAGAUGGCUUCCUUGGUCAAUUCAAACAAAUGGAAACCAUGGACACAGAAAUGUGUCCGCUAACCGAGUUACCAACAGAUAUGGAAGUGUGUGAGAACUUGACGACUUUGAAGCUGGCUGGAAGCAAGAUUUCCUCAAUGCCGCCCCAGAUGAGUUCCUUGAGUCAGCAGCUGACGUAUCUGGAUAUAAGCAAAACCAAAAUCAGGUCAGCGCUGCCGGACGUUCUUUCCUCUCUGGUUGCUCUCAAGACUCUGAUUGCGGACUAUCUCUUCCUCGCAACCCUGCCGCCUAAAAUUGGGAAUCUGAAGCACCUUGAGGUUCUCUCCCUCAAAGGGAAUCCACUGCAGCGUCUGCCGGCGUCGUUCACUGGGUUGAAGAAGCUGACGAGUUUGAGCCUGUCCGGUGUGCCGUGGUUGGAUGUGAAGCGAAAUGUGGCAUUCAUCGCUCAGGAUCAUUUCGUCGACUGGAUGAAACAUUUGAACUUGACAGAGGACAUUAUGCAGAGGAGGACGGAGCAUGAUCUGCUGAUGAAGAUAACAGAUGUCAAAGCGUCAUCGUUGACAAUCAGUCAGAAGGAGAUCGGGCAGCUGAGUGCUUUGCUAUAUCAGAUGUACCCUAGGUUUGGCUUUUACGGCGAUCGAAGACCAGAUGCAGAGAGCGUUGGAGGAUUCCCUCCGGAGAUCUUGGAGCUUGAGAACUUGACACAUCUUGACGUAUCCUUCCAAGGAAUAGUUUCUAUCCCUGACGGGAUAUCAAACCUAUCCAAGUUGACGUCACUGGUUCUCGGCCCGAAUCCAUACCUGACCACCUUACCAGGUGCCGUGGGAUUCCUGCCUUUGCAGAAGCUUGUGAUUGACGACUGCCCAUCACUCCGUACGCCUCCUCCUGAGAUCUGCUCCAAGGGAUUCGCUGCUGUACUAGCCUACCUGAGGAGGCUGCAGGCUGGUUCUGUGUCAUGCAAGCGGACUAAGCUCAUGAUGGUAGGACUCGGUGGUGCUGGAAAGACCAGUCUUGUGAGGGCUCUUAUGAGUGGGACUGAAAAGGCACGACUGGCUUCCGGAGAGGCUAUCACUGAUGGUAUUGACAUUCACUCCUGGACCAUAAAAAGGGGCAGGGAUGCUGUCACUUACAGCGUGUGGGACUUUGCCGGCCAGACCGUCUACUACAACACACAUCAGUUCUUCCUGUCCAACAGAGCAGUCUACCUCUUGUUGUGGAACAUCCGUCUUGGCUAUGAGCACGCUGGCUUAGAUUUCUGGUUGAGUUCAAUCUCUGUCCAUUCGCCGCAAGCACCUAUCUUAGUUGUUGGAACCCAUCUGGAUCUGGUGUCCAAAUAUGAGAUACCCGUCGACGAACUCUCCGCAAGAUAUCCGCAGAUCAUUGGCUUUCAUUUCAUCAGCACUUACUCUGGAGCAUACGUGAGAGAACUACAGGACCACCUCCUCGAUGUCACGUUACAGCAGAAAUACAUGGGCGAAAUGAUACCAGAGGUUUGGCUGAACUUCGAAGAGAACAUUCUGAAAGAGAGAAAGGGAGCCAGCGUCAUUGAUUAUGAUGUCGUGGCAAGUCUGGCUGUCGAUAGCGGUAUCUUUGAGACGGUCGAGACGAGUCAGGCAGUGCAGUUUUUGCACGAUCUCGGCACUUUGCAGCACUUUGAUAACGAGUUCCUGAAGGACCGUGUGGUGAUCAACCCCCAGUGGAUCGUGGACGUCAUGGCGUGUGUUGUAUCGGUCAAGGACUCGUACAUUGAGAAUGGUCGCUUGAAGCACAAGGACAUUGGCAACAUCUGGCGGGAUUUCCCCAGCGAGCUGCACGAGUGGUUGCUGAGACUGACGGAGGAGUUUGACCUCACCUUCCCUCUACCUGACGAAGCGAUGAACCUUGUGCCAUGCUUACUACCAGAGAAAGAACCUGAGAUUAACUGGCCCAAGGUGGUAGAAGGAAGUCGAGAAACCAAAAUGGAGUAUGAGUUUGCUUAUCUUCCUGUUGGCUUGUUUAACAGGGGCCAGGUUCGCUUGUACGAGUACUCUGAUAGCUCCGUGAUCUGGAAGAGGGGAUCCUUGCUCAAGAAGAACGGCCAUGUCGCCCUGGUCACCCAGACUAGGGAUAGCAAACUGAUGGUGAAGUGUCAGGGUCCGCGUCCUGAGAACAUCUUGUUCAUGAUCCAUGAAGUGUUUGAGACCCUCAUACAGGAAUCAUUCCAGGGGGUUCAAUAUGACUUUAGGGUACCCUGCCCUGAAUGUCUUAAGGUUGGUAACAAACCUUUCAUGUUCAAUGGUUCGACGAUCAGACGAGCUACAGGCUUGAAGGCACCAUUCCUGCAAUGUGUCGAGAACUUCCACAUUAUAUCUAUUGCUGAUCUCAAUGGUAUCUGUCCACCUGAUGACAGUCAAGACUACGACCUUCACCUGCAGAACACAGUGAGGAGUCUGGUUGACCUCAGGGAGCAACUGAGUGCCGAUAUAUUCAUAUCAUACUGCAAAGCGGACAUUCCGAUUGACGGACAGACGAUGGUCGAGCCAAAGAAGAUCAAGGAUUCUUUAGAGGCUGGUGGAUACAGAUGCUGGUUCGAAGAUUACUCUACCAAAGACAUCCUUGAAGAGAGAGUCCUCGCACUCAGGGAUGCCAAAAUCUUCCUCGUCAUGAUGUCAAAUAAUUACAUAAAUGACCAAACAUGUUGUAACAUGUUCAAGUUUGCACGCACAGUCCUCAAGAAGCCGAUUCAGUUGGUGACAGUCGGGCCAUCGACGGGCCAUGAUUGGAAACAUAGUGCCCUUGGAAUGCUGGUAGCAGAUGAGGUCUAUGUAAACCUGCAGCGUGUACAACACUUCGAGGUUAAAUCUCAGGAACUUCUCAAGGUUCUGAAUGACCGCACCUUGGGACUCGUGGAGACUGAUGAUAAACCAGAAUGCUUCAUCAGCUAUUGUUGGGGCAAUUCUCAGAGAGCUGUCGAUCUUGGACAAAGGAGUGUACCAGGAGCCAUUGGUUAUGGCGACCCGAGAGACCUGAAAGAUUACCUGGAGGAGAACGGAGUCAAGACGUGGCUGGAUAUAGAAAGGGCUGGAAAGAGUGGCUUGUUUGAAGACAUAGCAGAAGGUCUCCGAGAUGCCAAGAUGAUGAUAGCAUGCGUCUCCGAUGAAUAUGCAGAUUCCCUGAACUGUCAGAUGGAGUUCAGAUUUGCAGCCAAGGCCCUGAACCUGCCUAUCAUCAUUGCUGUUUAUGGGACAGGACAUCGAUGGAGGUCAUCGGAGAUCGGAAUGCUGUCCUUGCAGUAUCUUCAGGUCAGCUUUCAGGAUCGUAACGAGUCGGCCGCGGAUAAAGUGUUGCAAUUCGUCAAGAGUCAUAUCAGGUCGAGAGACCCGCGUGAGGCCGCCAGAAAGAAAAAGGCAAGAGAUGACGCAAAGAACCAACACCAGAAGACGUCCUAUCAGGAGUUGUAUGAACUCGCGCAGAGGAAAUUCCUUCGCCAGCUCACGUCGUAUGCAGAUGUGUACGAGCUGCAGCCAUAUCCACGACUGAUCAUUGUUGAUUUUGCCGAGCGAGAGUCCGAGGAGAAUGAAGAGGGUGACUCCAAAAAAGAGGUAUCAACAGAGAGGCCGAAACUUGUGCGAAGGCAGACUAGUCUGAUGAUGAGUGCAGCUCCGUUCCUACAUCGCAAUUUAUGCUUUAAGAUUCUCUGUGAAUGCGAACAGGGUUGGCAUAUCGAAGGAGACGCGAUUCCUGCUCCUCCAGGUUGGAACCAGAAGGUGAUCAAGUGUGCUCCGUACCUUGCCAGGGUCAUGGCGGUGGUUAGACACAGCCCUAAGAUCCAACUGAACUGCAUCGGUGGUGUCCAGGGAGACAAGUACAUACGGUGGUUAGAGGAACAUGGCGGUAAGACUACAGAGGAGGGUGGUGAUGUCAAGGAAGCUUAUCAGGAACUGAGGAAGGCCUGUCUAGAGGCCGACACUGGGAAGACAUUGGGAGGGUUAGCUAGAUGCCAUUUAGCUAGUGGUAAAGUGUUCUGGUUGUGCAAGACUCAUCAAAGUCAGUCUGGUUCACGAAUGACAAUCUUAUCCAACUUCGAUGCGACAAUCACCCAUGCACCCACAGAUGCUGUGAUGGACAGUUUCAUGCUCGAGAAUUUGAAACCAUUGGAUGAAUGGGAGAAGGAGGCAGAAGUGGUGAUGGCUGAAAUGAUAGCAAAUCCAAAGCCAAAGAGGGUUAAAGUUGCCACACCUGAGAGUGAUGAUGUGGCAGCUUCAUUGCCCCCAGAACAGCUAAAGCCUGCUGAACAGCCAAAGCCUGCUGAGCAACCAAAGCCUGCUGAACAACCGAAGUCUGCUGAGCAACCAAAGUCUGCUGAGCAACCAAUGCCUGCUGAACAAUCACUGUCUGAAGACCCAAAACCUGUUGAACAAAGUCCAGGUCAGUCAGAGUUAAAUGAGAAGCCGAUGUAUGAGGAACAACCAGGGCAAUCUCAACCAUUCAGUUUUGGUCAGUCGAAACCAAAGCAAGACCAAGAAACUGAGAAACCAGUACCUUCUGAACGACCAGCAUCUUCUGGGUCUCAGACUUCGCAACAAGAUUCCCCUGCUCCAGCCAGGAGGACAUCAGUUGCAUCCAAUUCUUCCAGGAGGCCUUCGACAUCCUCAAGAGUUUCCCGGAGCCUUUCAAAUGAUUCUGUAAACAGUCCAUCAGUCCAUCAGACACCACGGUCAGUUACUUCCCAGGCAAGCAGGAGGUCCCUGUCGGCUGCUAUUGCAGCAGAAACAGUGACUGUACCCACCCAGGGUGAGGAGAGAAAAACAGCAGCUGCUACACCGAGCAAGGCCUGUCAUAUCAUAUGAAAACAAGGAGCUAAACAUUCCCUCUGCCCCGAGUUGAGUAGCUGAAACUCUUUUGAAACUACUGAUCAAACCAAGUGCCCCAUUCGAAACAAGUUAGGCACGAACUUGACCUCUGAGUUCAAGUUAACUGGGCUUAACCGAAAGAAACAACAGCAAGUUAAUGUUUGAAUGCCAGCUUAGGGACUUGACUUCUUUUGAACAAUCAAGAGUUCGAAAAUCAGGCCAGCACUCUGUUAGUAUUAGUUGUGUAAACCAAUCAGUUGAUCUCAACUCUGUACUUCCAUUUCACGCACUGCUGUUAUUUGCUGACAAAAUCUUUGUAAAUUUUUAUUUUUAUUUGGAUUUGUAAGUGAUAGUUUCUUUUGAUCCAUGCUAUCGUUAUACACAUGUAAUUUUAAUAUAAUGAAUCUCAUCUAAUAAUAAUUGGCAAACAUUCACCUCUUCAUCUACCUCACUCACAUUAGGUUAAUAAUUCAUGUGAAUAAUGAUCAAACUCAUCUAUAUUUGGUGUUGUACAUGUACAUGAAUGUUGAUUGUAAAGUACUCAGGGUGUUGUUCAUACACUUUGUGUCUGGGCAAGUGAUGGCCUUGGUAUCUUUAAAUUUUAUGAAUCCAGAACAACGACAAAACUAUGAAAAUAUUCAGGUUUGUAUUUUGCUGUAUUGUGUGAUAUUUACCCUCGUAUUUGCGUCCUGUUGACUGGAAGUACGAGUCAUGCAGCGUGUUAUGUAUUCGUUACCUCUCCUGUUCAAUAUUACGUCUUCCGUGCUUAUCUGGUGCUUGUACAAGUUACAUGUACUCUCAGUAGAUAAGACAAGACCACUAAUGAAUAUUCAUAGGUUGGAGGGUCGAGGCCUAUCAAUUAGACGAGUGCAUGUUUUUAACUCUCAAGUACAUAUUUGGAGAGGUAUUGAAAAAAUAUUUGCUGUGGCAAGUCUACAGAUAUAAAGAAAUUAUUUGAUGAAAAAAUUAAUUUCGAAUUUUGCUAAUUGGGUAAUAGGUGGCGUGUUUUGAGUUUUUUCUGCCAGUUGGCUGAAAAGAGUGGAAAUAUCAAAGUCUGUCUAAUUUGUCGAUUACCAAAAAAUUUCCGUGGUCAACUACCAGUUUAUUUUUCACCAUUUACUUGCCCGACUGUCCGGAAUAUCAUAUCAAAAUUUCAGAUUCACAACCCCACGCAGUAUUUGAUGCGUCGCGGUCAAACAUUGACAAUUUAACUGCUAAAAGGCUUAAAAAAUCAAUUGUGGUCUUGUCUCAGAUAAGCACAAUAUUGGUUAAAGCUCAAAUAAAACGUAAGUUUGCAAUUCGAUUGAUAUCAAACAAUAUCGCCAGUCGCUGUAAUAAAACAUUUAAGCAUGAAUUGAAUGUUGGUCCUUUUAAGGUGUGACAUAUCAUGUACAAUAAGUCUCUAAUCAUGACAUACUUUCAAUUGUGAUAUAAGCCUUUGGUAGAUAAUCAUUAUCAUAUGUGUAGAAUAUGUAUUUUCUAAUAUUAUACGUCUGUUGUGAUGCCAGUUAUGGCUCUAAAAUAUCUCGAAUUACAUGUAUAACAAAGGUAGAACAUUGAUGUAAUCAGGGCAGUGUGGCUGUAUUUUCAUUGAUACACCCUUUACACCAUGUCCCUGCAAUCACACUUAUAUUGUCUUCCUAUUAAAGGUUAACCAUAGGGACCACCAUUUUGGCUAGAACUUGAAAUCAUAGAGCAAUUAGAACUCCUUCAAAACGAAAAGAGGGUCAAUUCAAGGGUGGAAGUCAGUUCUUUGUUUUCCAGAGACAGACUCCCACCGUUGAAAUUCGCAUUCACUUCAUUUUGAAUGAGUUCUGAGGAGCCGCUGUGGUGUAGUGGCUUGGACUCUCGACCAGCGGUCAAGAGGUCCCGGGUUCGAUCCCCACUGUCGGCGUGAUACUGUAGGCUGGUCUCUCCGUCUUACUUGCCUCUCUGCACCCAGGUGUAUAAAUGGGUACCGGUCAGAAAUGCACAGAUUAUAGCGCUGGUUGAGCAGCUCAUCUGUGGUCUACUGAAAGGUUUCAGGACAGACCGGGGUUAGACUGAAAGUCGGAUGAUAACCUAUAUCAUAGCUGAUAUCAGACUAUAAACCCUAAACUUUAACUUUAACUUUAAUUGCUUAUGGAUUUCAUGUUCUUGCCAAUAUGGUGGUACCUUUGGUCAACACUGAGGUCUGCAUUGCCCAUCAUAUCAAGUAUGGCUUAAAGUAUGGAUUAAUCUAUACUUGACCAUCUCUAUGUCCUAGUGUUAUGUAUUUUUUUGUGUGAAUAGACCUCUAGUCUUCCUUUAGCAGUCCACAACAAGAUGUUAUCAUGUUCUCUAUUGCAUUUAGCUAGAGGCACUACUGUCCGUAAUUGGGAGGGAAUUGGACCAAAAAUUGGCCAUCGCCCUGUCCGCAAUUCGGAAUAGAGAGGUUUUUGUUAUUGGAAAUGACUUAGAAAAAAUCGGGACUGGCCGGACGUGUCCGUAUUGUAGAGGUGUCCGCCUGGCAGAGGUGUCUGCUAAGGGAGGUUCUACUGUACAUAUAUGAAGGAAAUGUGAUAUAUUUAUUGUUGUAAUUAGAUCACAACUGUAAGUUUCAAAACGAAUCUAGGUUUGGAAAUGAUAAGGAAUCAAAAUAAUGUAUCAUCGGUCAGGGAGAGACUCAUUCAAAAAGUGUGUCUCUCAAAUGAUAGAGCAUCUUUAAAUGAUAACGUGUGGAGUAGUAAUUAUAUGGAUCUCUUGUCUUGUAUGAUAAUCAAGUAAACUCGGUGUAAUAUUCAUGUAUGUGCUGACUCAGUAGAGGGAUGUGAUUGGGCUGUUAUAUUUAAAAGAAAAGCUGUUCUUGCCAAACAAGAGGUCACUAGUUAUAACGUCUCCAAAUGCAAUUUUCUUUGGGGUCAUCACAGUUAAUUCUGCCGUCCAAAAAUGAUAUUGCCACCCAAAAAUAUAAGUUUAUUAGGUGCAAUGUGAUGUCUUUCCUUAUUCUGUGUUCUUUUAUUGUCCGUUAUAAACAUAAACUGCUGACUGGACACAUUUAUCAGUCCUGGCAAAGUAUUCAUAGGUUAUUGUCCUUGCCCAUUCUGUACCUCUUAUUUCAAUAUUACAUUGAAAAGAACAACAUUGGUGACUAAUGUAAUGUGGUUCUGAAUCAAUUACCAGACCUUAAGUAAAAAACCUACAAUGCCUGUCUGUAUGCAAUAAUAGAAGAAGCUGUUUAAUUGAAUAAAUAUAUUACAAGUCAUUUAA